CCCGGGGGGCGGGCGGAGGAAGUGAGCGCAGCGGGGAGGAAUGCACGCGGGCGGGGCGCGGGUCUGGGGCGGUGGGGACUGCCCGGCAGGCGGCCGGGGCGGAGCGCGCGCGAUGCCUCACUUUACCGUAGUGCCGGUGGAUGGUCAGCGGCGCGGCGAUUACGACAACCUCGAGGGUCUCAGUUGGGUGGACUACGGGGAGCGCGCCGAGCGGGACGACUCGGACGGUCAUGGCAAUCACAGAGAGAACAGCCCUUUCCUUUGUCCCUUGGAGACUUCCAGAGGAAGUGACUACUAUGACAGGAACCUGGCACUGUUUGAGGAAGAGCUGGACAUCCGCCCAAAGGUGUCAUCUCUCCUGGGCAAGCUCGUCAGCUACACCAACCUCACACAGGGUGCCAAGGAGCAUGAAGAGGCUGAGAGUGGGGAGAGCAUGCACCGGAGAGCAGCCAAGGCACCCAGCAUGGGCACCCUCAUGGGGGUGUACCUGCCCUGCCUGCAGAAUAUCUUUGGGGUCAUCCUCUUCCUACGGCUGACCUGGAUGGUGGGCACGGCUGGGGUGCUGCAGUCGCUCCUCAUUGUGCUCAUCUGCUGCUGCUGCACUCUGCUGACAGCCAUCUCCAUGAGUGCCAUUGCCACCAACGGUGUGGUACCAGCUGGGGGCUCCUAUUUCAUGAUUUCCCGUUCACUGGGACCUGAGUUUGGAGGCGCUGUGGGAUUGUGCUUCUACCUGGGAACAACAUUCGCAGCAGCUAUGUAUAUCCUGGGAGCCAUUGAAAUCUUGCUGACCUACAUUGCCCCGUCGGCUGCCAUUUUUUACCCAACAGGCGCUCAUGACACAUCGAGUGCCACUCUGAACAAUAUGCGGGUAUAUGGGACCAUCUUUCUGACCUUUAUGACCCUGGUGGUGUUUGUUGGUGUCAAGUAUGUAAACAAGUUUGCCUCACUCUUCCUGGCCUGUGUGAUCAUCUCCAUCGUCUCCAUCUAUGCUGGGGGCAUCAAGUCUAUUUUUGAUCCUCCUGAGUUUCCAGUGUGCAUGCUGGGCAACAGGACCCUGUCUCGGGACCAAUUUGAUGUCUGUGCCAAAACGACUAUUGUGAACAAUGAGACAGUGGCCACACAGCUAUCAAGCCUCUUCUGCCACAGCCCCAACCUUACCACUGACUCCUGUGACCCCUACUUCCUGCUCAACAAUGUGACUGAGAUCCCCGGCAUCCUCAGCGCAGCGGCUAGUGUUCUCCAAGAAAACCUGUGGAGCACCUACCUGGAGAAGGGCGAGAUCGUGGAGAAGCGUGGACUGCCCUCCACAGACGACGCUGGCCUAAAGGAAAACCUGUCCCUGUAUGUGGUGGCUGACAUCGCCACUUCCUUCACUGUGUUGGUCGGCAUCUUCUUUCCCUCUGUAACAGGCAUUAUGGCGGGCUCAAAUCGCUCCGGGGACCUCCGUGACGCCCAGAAGUCCAUUCCAGUGGGGACCAUUCUAGCUAUUGUUACAACCUCCCUUGUGUACUUCAGCAGUGUGGUUCUGUUUGGCGCCUGCAUUGAGGGUGUAGUUCUCCGGGACAAGUAUGGCGACGGCGUCAGGAAGAACCUGGUGGUGGGCACAUUGGCCUGGCCUUCACCCUGGGUCAUUGUUAUUGGCUCCUUCUUCUCAACUUGUGGCGCUGGCCUCCAGAGUCUCACUGGGGCACCACGCCUGCUGCAGGCCAUUGCCAAGGACAACAUCAUCCCCUUCCUCCGGGUGUUUGGCCACAGCAAGGCAAAUGGUGAGCCUACAUGGGCGCUCCUCCUGACGGCACUCAUCGCUGAGCUCGGCAUCCUCAUCGCCUCCCUCGACAUGGUGGCCCCCAUUCUAUCCAUGUUCUUCCUGAUGUGUUACCUGUUUGUCAACUUGGCCUGUGCCGUGCAGACACUCUUGAGAACUCCCAACUGGCGGCCCCGGUUCAAAUACUAUCACUGGGCACUGUCCUUCCUUGGCAUGAGCCUCUGCUUGGCCCUGAUGUUCGUCUCCUCCUGGUACUAUGCUCUGGUCGCCAUGCUCAUUGCAGGCAUGAUCUACAAGUACAUCGAGUACCAAGGGGCCGAGAAGGAGUGGGGUGACGGAAUCCGAGGCCUGUCCCUGAGCGCUGCUCGCUAUGCACUGCUGCGGUUAGAGGAAGGACCUCCUCACACCAAGAAUUGGCGGCCUCAGCUGCUGGUACUGCUGAAGCUAGACGAGGACCUCCACGUGAAGUACCCGCGGCUCCUCACCUUCGCCUCCCAACUUAAGGCUGGCAAGGGCCUGACCAUCGUUGGGUCCGUCAUUCAGGGCAGCUUCUUGGAGAGCUAUGGCGAGGCCCAGGCUGCUGAGCAGACCAUCAAGAACAUGAUGGAGAUUGAAAAAGUGAAGGGCUUCUGCCAGGUGGUGGUAGCAAGCAAGGUGCGUGAGGGGCUGGCCCACCUCAUCCAGUCUUGUGGCCUGGGCGGCAUGCGGCAUAACUCGGUGGUGCUGGGCUGGCCCUACGGCUGGCGGCAGAGUGAGGACCCACGUGCCUGGAAGACCUUUAUUGACACUGUGCGCUGUACUACAGCCGCCCACUUGGCCUUACUUGUGCCCAAGAACAUCGCCUUCUACCCCAGCAACCAUGAACGCUUCCUAGAGGGCCACAUUGACGUGUGGUGGAUUGUGCACGAUGGCGGCAUGCUCAUGCUGUUACCUUUCCUGCUUCGCCAGCACAAGGUCUGGAGGAAGUGUCGGAUGCGCAUCUUCACAGUGGCCCAGAUGGAUGACAACAGUAUCCAGAUGAAGAAGGACCUGGCCAUCUUCCUAUACCACUUACGCCUUGAGGCCGAGCACAACAGUGACAUUUCUGCCUACACCUACGAGCGGACUCUGAUGAUGGAGCAGCGGUCCCAGAUGCUGCGGCAGAUGAGGCUGACCAAGACUGAGCGAGAGCGAGAAGCCCAGUUGGUCAAGGACCGGCACUCAGCCCUACGGCUGGAGAGCCUGUACUCAGAUGAGGAGGACGAGUCUGCAGCUGGGGUGGACAAGAUCCAAAUGACAUGGACCCGAGACAAGUACAUGGCGGCUGAGCCCUGGGAACCCGGCCAGGCCCCUGACAACUUCCGGGAAUUAGUGCACAUUAAGCCGGACCAAUCCAACGUGCGGCGCAUGCACACAGCUGUCAAGCUCAAUGAAGUAAUUGUUACACGCUCCCAUGAUGCCCGUCUGGUCCUGCUGAACAUGCCUGGCCCACCCAAGAACAGCGACGGUGAUGAGAACUACAUGGAGUUCCUAGAAGUCCUGACCGAGGGCCUGGAGCGGGUAUUGCUGGUUCGUGGUGGUGGCCGCGAAGUCAUCACCAUCUACUCCUGAGCCCAGUGCAACCUCAUGGCCUGGAGCCGUGGGGUCCAGGGUAACAACCCCCUCCCAACACCUACUCACCUGCCUUGCUCCAUCUGGCCCUGCCUGGGACCCAGCUUGCUAGAUCUCCUUGAAGACGGGCCUGGGCUUGGCAGUGAUGAUGGAUCCGAGGUCCUGUGAGACCCAGGGUGGUUUGGAGCUUUUCUGACCAGCCCUCAGAAGGCCUACCCUGACUGCAGAGACUGGUGGGGGUUGAUGUGGGCUUUGAAUGCAGUUGGCCAGGCCAAGUCCAGGAGCUCUAUUUAUUGCUUAUUUAUUGUUUGGAUGCCAUCACCGGAGGAAGGGAGGGCAGCAGGGGAAGGGAUCCUGCCCAGCCUGCCUGCUGGAAGGUCUGGCUCAGGCUACUGUGUGCAGGGACCCCUACCAAGCCAAGCCGAGUGGAGCCAGCCAGGCUGAGGCCUGACUUUUUUCAAUAAAACAUUGUGUUACUUCUGGGCCUCCUAUUACCCUGGCUGUUUCCCCAGUGCCAAUGGAAGAAGACAGAACUGAGUCCAGGCUCAGAGCUGGCUCCCCAGAGACUGUGCCCUUUCCGGUCAUCUCUGGCCACCCCCAUUGGCCAGACUGCCCCUCCCACUAGUCCUGGGACCCUCCCACUGCUUACCAGAUAAGACCCAGCCCAGGUCUGCUUCAGUGGGCAAUAGGCACUAGGGUUGGAAUGGGGCCGCUCUGCUCCCCAUGGCAGUGGGUGCUGUUGCUGGGGUUGCUGUCCCCUCCUGCCACCCCCUUCUGGCUUCUCAAUGUGCUCUUCCCCCCGCACACCACGCCCAAGGCUGAGCUCAGUAACCACACACGGCCCGUCAUCCUCGGUAAGCCCCCGACAGGCCCUGAUGAAAGGCCAGCCCCUGGUGGUGGACCCAGCC